ACACACACAUAUACGCACACACACACUCACACACACACACACACACACACACACACACACACACACACUAGUCGAAUGGCGUGUAUGGAGAACUGGGAACCCUGGCUACACGCAUUACAAUUAGGCUAGAACACGGAGUGUAUGGUCCGUAUCCACUGACGCAUGGGAGAAUACCGAUCGGUUUCCCGGUGAACGGUUCUCCUGGUUCUCCUGCUCUGGAUUUCGCUGCCUUUUCCCGCUGAGCCCCGCGGAUGCUGAUUUUCUCUCCGUCACAGAAAAGAGAAGCGAUGCGGUGGUGACUCCACUGGCCGAGUCCGUUUACCGGGAUUCAGUUUGUUCGGGGGGUCGACAUCAUCCAUGAUGAAGUUCAAGCCGAACCAGACCAGGACCUACGAUGGAGAGGGCUUCAAGAAGCGGGCAGCGUGUCUGUGUUUCAAGAACGAGCGUGAGGAGGAGGUGCUGCUGGUCAGCAGCAGCCGCCACCCCGACCAGUGGAUCGUCCCCGGGGGGGGCAUGGAGCCCGAGGAGGAGCCCUGUGGCGCGGCCGUACGGGAGGUGUUCGAGGAGGCCGGGGUCAGGGGCCAGCUGGGUCGUCUGCUGGGCGUAUUCGAGCAAAACCAGGACCGGAAGCACCGGACGUACGUCUACGUGCUGACGGUGACGGAGACGCUGGAGGCCUGGGAGGACUCCGUCAACAUCGGCCGUAAGCGGGAGUGGUUCACGGUGGACGAGGCCAUCAAGGUGUUGCAGAGCCACAAGCCCGUCCACGCCGAGUACCUGCGGCGGCUACAGCUGAGCUGCUCGCCCACCAACGGCAACUCCUUACCGCCCGGACCCCCGCCCAACGACAACUACCCCCACUACAGCGCCCCCGCCCCCCCCACGCCCACCGUUCUGGGGUCCUCGUGCAGAUAGGACUGCUCCACCCUGACCCCCCCCCCCCCCCCCCCCCCCCCUGGCCUCCACUUUACUGUCCGGCCGCAGAACGUCUGUACAGUCUACUUGCAUUUUCUCUCUUUUCUGUUUCGGCAUGUCUGUGCUUUGGGUUUCUGUUCCGGUUUAUUGAGUAUGAGAAGCGUUUCUAAGCUCCGCCCCCUCAGCCGAAGCCGGACCCCGGCGCGGUUUGGCGGUUGAACAUUGCUAGCAUACAUGCUACCCGCCGCGCCGAGGGAUGCUAACGGACAAAUGGACAAAACAAGGAGAGGAGAGGAAGGAAACAAGGAAAGGAGAGGAAGGAAUCAAGAGAUGGGCUUAUGAUGUGUUGGACGCCUUACAGGCUCGUCUGUGAGAAUGUUCUCGUCCACUUUGGUUUUUAGUUGCAUUAUCUGACGGUAAACUCAAGAUCAGACCUUAACUUAAGAUGAUUGGUUGCUAUGUGGGCUUGGAUCUGUGAAAGGACGUCGCCUUUGAUUUAUGAAAAACAACAAAAAACGGAUGGCCUGAAAGUUAUAUUUAUUAGUAUUAUAAUCUCAAUAAUUACCUAGUUAUGAAGUAUUUACUGAUCCAACAUUGUUUAAGGUUUUAGGCGGUAAGUUUAAAUUGACCUUUGUUAGGGGGUUGAAUGGUGAGUCGGCAGGUUUAACGAGGUCACCGUAACUUACUCUGAGCGGAGGGGGUCAAAGGUUAAAGGUCAUGGCAUCCCACUGUACUCGACGCGUGCCGGGGGGGGGGGGGGGGGGGGCUACCUCAGAACUGAACUGAUAACUGGAAAGUCGCCCAUUGACACAAAGCCGCAGAUUUAAGUCCUCGCUACCGCGGUUAGCCUCUUCAAGCUAACUCGUCUGACAAGAAACCAACCCGACAGAUGGGUCGUUUGUCCCUUUAACGCUCCACACACACACACACACACACACACACACACACACACACACACACACACACACACACACACACACACACUCAAACACACCUUUAAUCAGUUUAUAUAUUUUCGCCCAAUCCCUGACCUCGCGUCGGGAGAUUGUUCGGGAUGUAUUUAAGGGUGCAAAGUCUCUAUCUCUGUCUUCAAAUCAUUUAUUUCUUCUUUUUUUAUGGUGAUCACCUUAAACGAUUGGAUCCCUGCCGUCUCCACACGGCCGAUGUGUGCGGGCGAUCCUAUCAGAACUGAGGGGGAGAUGAGCUCAUGUCUUCAAACCCGUUUGAUAGCAGGUUUACCCUAACAUCUGGCCUCUGACGAACAUGUUGUCACUGAUACUACUCAAUAGUACAGAGUUUAAAGUGCUUUGGACCUGGGAUAGCCUACAUCUGCAUACUCACGAAUAUAAUUAUCAACAGGAUCUGUUUCUCGUAAGCCUAAUAUCAUGCUCUUGUUAAAAAAAUAUCGAUCAGGUUGAAAAUAUUGAACUAUUUAAAGAAUUGGCUAAUAGCUGUCUACUAAUGAAGGGCUUGCCUUAACUGCUCUCUCCACUCUACGUGAACAGAUUUCACCUUUUACAAUUUUACAAGAUUUAGGGAUAAAAACUCAAAUAAACAUGUUGUCUCUGAAACAGAAGCCUGUAGUUUAGUGGAGUUAACGUGCAAGGAACACGUUGUUUAAAUACAGGCGAGGGCACCGGUGUGAGGGUUUGUUUUAUAUACUUGGGGGAAUCGCCAGGUGACGGUCGUGUGUUGACAACCUGCAUAUUUAUUCCCGGUCUGUAGAAGUCGCUUCUUUAACUUGAAAAACUCUGAUUGCUGUACGAGGUCCGACCGACCGGCUUAUCGUCUUCCAACUGUCUGGACUCAAACCCCUGCGACCGAUUUCUAUGCUGACCGAUGAAUGAUGACUGAAACCUUUAACGCGGAAAACGGCUUGUAAAUAGAUUUGAAGAGAAUUUAUGUUGAGAGUAUGUUUUAAAAAAAGAAAUGUUGCGGAAAUAGUGACCAGGAAUGCACAUCUGCAACUUGUCUUCAUAUUUUAUAUAUUUGUUUUUUUGUUUUUGUCUUUUUAAUUUUUUAACAAUGUACAAAGAAGGAAAGAGAAAGAAAAAGAGAUGUGAAAAGAUCCUUCUGGAAAUGUGUUGAUGUGUUGUUGAUGAUGAGUGGUUUGGAUAUGCUUCAAGAUGAUGGUUGUUGCUUGUGACUUGAUGUGGGUAAUGUGGAAAAUGUCGAUGUCAGAAAGAACCGCAUUUUGAAGGCUUUUUAUAGGGAAGUGAUCAGACCUGAUCAAUGAAUGAAGAGCAUUUCAGAUCCAAAACAAAUCCAGGGAAACUCGAUAUGAAUAUGUGAAUAUGUAAACAAAUGAGAAAAAGUUAUUCCUCAAACAAUCAACCAACCCGAAAUACCAGGAUUAUUCAAAUAUACAUAAUGGUUUUUGAAAUGCAUAUAGCAUAUACAGAAUGGUCUAGCAAGCUGUUGAGAGUAUCGAAGGUUUAGGGUUAUGGGUUUCUAGGGUUUACCAUAAACGAUGAUGAGAGAGGAUUAUGAUCUAAAAAAAGAAGAUGUAUGUGUGUUUCUACAAGGCAGAGAUGUUUAGCCUGUUUAUUUCACGAGGUGAAACCCGCCCCCUACUGGUCGGUGGGCGCAGUGCAUCAAAACAGACAACAUGAGGCUGCACAGUGUCUUACCUUAGCGGAGGGGUGAACUUCAGUGUCUGUCGAUAAAGUUGUUUUUGUAUUUAUUAUUGUUCACACACUUAGGGAGCACAUCACCUCUAGACAUAGGCUAGCGGCUCUGGACAUCUCACUGACUCAAACAUGUUGGUUUGGUUUGGAUGAGUGUGAAGAGAUUCAAACUCUAGUCUACGUGAUGUCCUUUAAUGACAUCAAAUUCGUCAAAAGUGGCAUAUGGAACUAAAUGUUUCCCAAAACUUGUUGGAAUUUGUUUGUAACACUGGAUCCAGAUUUAUGAGAAGGAAAAAUAAUUAGAAACGAUUUGAUAAUUGAAAUGAGACCCCGUUUAUUUUGUGUUUGGGAGAGAGAGAAAGAGAGACUACAGAUGUUACGCGAAUCAACGAAAUGAAAACAUUCUUGUGCCAAAAAAAAUGUCAGUUUGGUGGAAAACAUAAAAAUGUGCAUAUCCGGCCGUUUAAUCCUUAUUUGACAAAUCAAAUAAAUCCUUAACCGUUUAAUGGAAUAUUCUUUAUAAUUAUGAACUAAUAGAAUACUUAACAUUGUAUGAUUAAGAAAAUUAUGUCAACGAUUGUCUUCAAUCAGUUUUAAUAACAUAAUAAAUAUCAACUUAAACAUA